AUGGGUCUGCUCGUCUUCUGGAACUUAUCGUUUGUCCACUACUACGACUCCGACUCCGACUCCGACUCCGACUACGACUACGACUACGACUUCUGCCACUACGACUACUACUGUCCUUUGCUGAUUCUUGCCAUUUGCCUCCAUCAACCAGCUUGCCACGGUCGGAACUUCUCGGAAUGUUCUAGCCUGGGUGGUGCCGGGCUUGCUAUCGCACGUAUCAUGGGCUUCUUCCCCAGUGACAUACCCAGGUGCAUACAACAGGAGAUGAGUGCAAUCAACCUUGUCUGCCGGCCAUGCGCAUUUCCCGUGAUAGACCGGAUUUCCUUGGUUUGA